GAAUAACCACUUGAAAAUGCUUGCUGCUACUAGACAACUUGCCAAAACCUCCGUUCGUGCUAUGGGUAUCUGCAACUACCCUGAGGCCUGGACCAAGAUUGCUACGAAAGAGUUGAAGGGAGAAUCUCCUGAGACUCUUUGCUUCAAGACUCCUGAGGGAAUUCAGAUGAAGCCCAUGUUCAUGAAGUCGGAUCUCGAGGGAAUCACUCUGGAUGAUUGCUCCGCUGUGUUCCCUUUCACUCGUGGUCCUUACGCCACCAUGUACACCAAGAAGCCUUGGACCAUUCGUCAGUAUGCUGGUUUCUCCACCGCUGAGGCCUCCAACGCCUUCUACCGUAAGAACCUUGCUGCUGGACAGCAGGGUCUUUCGGUUGCCUUUGAUCUGGCCACUCACCGUGGUUACGACUCGGACCAUCCUCGUGUGGUUGGUGAUGUCGGUAUGGCCGGUGUGGCAAUUGACUCUGUCGAGGAUAUGAAGGUUCUGUUCAACGGAAUUCCUCUGGACAAGAUGUCUGUCUCCAUGACCAUGAAUGGAGCUGUGCUUCCCGUGAUGGCCUUCUACGUGAUUGCCGCCGAGGAGCAGGGUGUGAAGCAGGAGUUGCUCCGUGGUACCAUCCAGAACGAUAUCUUGAAGGAGUUCAUGGUGCGAAACACCUUCAUCUAUCCUCCUCAUGAGUCUCUGCGUAUCAUCCAGGAUAUCAUGGGAUACACGUCUGUGCACAUGCCCAAGUUCAACUCGAUUUCCAUCUCUGGUUACCAUAUGCAGGAGGCCGGAGCUGACGCCAUGCUGGAGAUGGCCUUCACCAUUGCUGAUGGUAUUGAGUACGUGCGCACUGCCGAGGCUGCUGGAGUGUCUGUGGAUAAGGUGGCUCCUCGUCUGUCCUUCUUCUUCGGUAUUGGAAUGAACUUCUACAUGGAAGUGGCCAAGCUGCGUGCUGCUCGUCAGCUGUGGGCCAAGCGCAUCCAGAAGCACUUCCACCCUCAGAACCAGAAGUCGCUGCUUCUGCGUACUCACUGCCAGACUUCGGGAUACUCGCUGACUGAGCAGGAUCCUUACAACAACAUCAUUCGUACCACGAUCGAGGCUAUGGCUGCCGUCAUGGGAGGCACCCAGUCUCUGCAUACGAACGCUCUGGAUGAGGCUCUGGGUCUUCCCACUGAGUUCUCUGCCCGUAUCGCUCGUAACACCCAGCUGAUCAUUCAGGAGGAGACCGGUAUUUGCAAGACCGUGGAUCCUUGGGGUGGAAGCUAUGUGAUUGAGUACUUGACCAACCAGCUGGUGAAGGGAGCUGAUGCCAUCAUCGACGAGGUCGAGUCUCUUGGUGGUAUGACCAAGGCUAUUGCCUCCGGUAUGCCGAAGCUGCGUAUUGAGGAGGCUGCUGCUCGUAAGCAGGCCCGCAUUGACUCUGGAAAGGAGACGAUUGUUGGUGUCAACAAGUACAAGCUCGCCAAGGAGGAUGCUGUGGAGGUCCGUGAGGUCGACAACACUGAGGUGCGCAACUCUCAGAUUGCUCGUCUGAAGGAGCUUAAGGCGAAGCGUGAUAACGACGCUGUCCGCCGUGCUCUGGAGGCUCUGGAGUACUCCAGCAAGCUCACCGAGCCUACUGGUAAGGGAACUGAUCCUAACAACCUCAUGAACCUUUCGAUCAAUGCUGCUCGUGUGCGUGCUACUCUGGGAGAAAUCUCGGAUGCUCUGGAGCAUCACUGGGGACGCUACACUCCUCAGCAGGAGAUGGUCCAUGGUGCCUACAUGCAGGAGUACACUGAGGACUCGAAGACCAAGGUGUUCCAGGAUGUGAGCGAGCGCGCUAAGAGAUUCGAGGAGAAGACCGGUCGUCGUCCUCGUGUCUACAUUGCCAAGAUGGGACAGGAUGGUCAUGACCGUGGCGCCAAGGUCGUAGCCACCGGUUACGCCGAUAUCGGUUUUGAUGUGGAUGUGGGUCCUCUGUUCCAGACCCCUGCUGAGGCUGCGCGUGCUGCUGUGGAUGCUGAUGUCCACGUUGUCGGAUGCUCUUCCCUGGCUGCUGGACACAAGACUCUGAUUCCCGAGCUGAUUGAGUGCCUGAAGAAGGAGGGCCGCGAUGAUAUCGUUGUGGUCGCUGGAGGUGUGAUUCCUCCCAAGGAUUACGACUUCCUGUACAAGGCUGGAGUGUCUGCUAUCCAUGGUCCUGGUACUCCCAUUACUACUAGCGCAAAUGAUGUGCUUGAUAUUCUGGAGAAGAAGAACUUCAAGCUCUAAAAUUGCUGAUAGUAUUGAAAUAGGAAAACAAACGCAACUUUUAUU